UUUCUUUGUAAAAUUAAGCACAGUUUUAUCACGAUGUUGAAACAGUUUUUCACACUUUUUUUGGUGUCUCUGAACACAAUUAAUGCCCAAUCUAUCCCAGAUUUUUUAAAUUUCGCUCAAUAUUAUGAGGACGUGUUAGAAUUUUUAUCAAAACUUGAGCCCAAUGAGUGCAAUACGCAGCUUUUGCGCCUCUUUUCCAGCCUUCAGAACGAAACGUGGGCCCGCGACAUGCUUGAUGCGAGCGCAAAGCCCCAAGCUGGCAUUUUCAUGGGCAAUAUAAUGCACGUGGGCAAUUACGACGAGUGUUUGCGAAUUCCGGGGAAAUACUGCUCGGCUUUGUUCCAAGCCCAUCCCGAAUUCGCGCCAAAAUACUUAAAAGACUAUUUUUCAAAAUUCAAAGCCGAAACGGCAAGGGAAGAUCAAGAAGAAGAGUUGUACAUCCAAGGCCGGUUUUCGCUAGGUUUGUGCGUUCCUAGAGUUUGCCGUGUGAACGAUUUGCAAAAUUUGAGCAACGUUUUUGAAAAUCGGCUAAAAUUUCCGCUGCAUUUUACAUUUGUUGAGGAUUAUUGUGACGAUGGGGAGGCUAAACCAAUCACAGCGGGAGCAGUUGUGGCAAUUGUGAUUUUUUCACUCUUCGGUGUGAUUGUUGUGGCGAGUACUUUGUACGAUUUUUUCGUCUAUCAGUAUGUUACGGACAAGAAGCCAAACAUUCACGUUGCGUUUUCAAUGCUAACGAAUGGUAAAAAAUUAUUGUCGACCAAAACGGCCGAAGGCAACUUGAAUUGUUUGAACGGUUUGCGCGUCAUUAGUUUGAUGUGGAUUGUGUUGGGACAUGGGUUCCAAUACUCGUUUUACGUCCCUGUAAUCAACUCACUGGACAUGGAAGAGUGGAAAAAUUUCAAAGCUAAUUGUUUGAUUAUCGCAUGUUCGGUCGCAGUGGACACGUUUUUUGUCAUCAGUGGCUUGUUGCUCGUUUAUCUUUUUCUGAAAAGUGAGGCAAAAGGGGCCAAAUUCUCAAUACCCAUGUUUUACUUGCACCGAAUCUUACGAUUAACACCAUCUCUGGCCAUGGCAGUGUUAUUUACCGCAACUUUGAUCAAUUACAUGGGCAAAGGGCCGUUUUGGCCAAUAGUUCACCAAAUGUUCCAGAAAGAUUGCCAAAAUUAUUGGUGGGCCACUUUGCUCUACAUCCAAAAUUACGCCUACCCUCAUAACCAGUGUGUUGGACAGUCUUGGUACCUAGCUGUGGACACCCAAAUGUAUUUUCUUUCGCCCCUAAUUUUAUUUCCUUUAGUUCGGUGGCCCAAAAAAACCCUAACUGCGAUUGGCGUUUUCGUCGUUUUAAACUGCAGUUAUGUCUUUGAAAUUACGUGGAAAAAACAGCUCGGGACGACACUUUUCGAUCAAGAAGAUCAACACUAUGAAUUGCUUUAUAGCCCCACACAUGUAAGGGGUGUGCCGUAUUUAAUCGGCAUGGCUUGUGGCUAUUUGGUUUUUCAAUACAAGACUUGCAAAAAUUUGAAAUUGUCGAAGACAAAAAUUUUGUUUUUGUGGUCAUUGGCUUUAGGCACACUUGUGGCAAUAGUCAUAAUUCAUUAUCCGAUGACUCAAGGCAAUAAACACACCGAUCUUUUCCAAACUUCUUUCUUCAAUUCUUUACACCGUGUUGUUUGGUCGCUCGCCUUAUGCGUUUUAAUCAUCCUUUGUAUAAACGGAUACGGCGGCUUAAUUAAUUCCUUCCUUUCGCAUAAAAUUUUCACGGUUUUGAUUCGUUUAAAUUACAAUAUUUAUCUUCUACAUAUGGCUCUACUAACAAUAAUGACCGCUCAGAAACGAACUCCUGGUUAUUUCUCCGACUUGUUUUGCUUUCACCAAUUUUGGGGGGAUUACAUGUUUAGUGUAGCUACAGCGAUUUUGUGGACUUUGGUAUUUGAAUCCCCAAUUCUGAUGAUUGAGAAAAUUAUUUUCGCCCCAAAAAAAACGCCCACACCAGUCAAGGAACAAGCAAUAGAUAUUGAGAAUGGGCAACAAAAAAAUAAUUAGUUCAAGUACAAAAAAUUAUUACUAAGAUUAUGUAACCAACAAUACAAUUUGAUAAGUUGCAUAUGCUACGUCAUGUUUGGGAAAAAAAAUUUCGAGGAAUGUGCAAAAACGUGCGUCGACCACAAAAAUUAUUGUAAUUGGUUUAAAUUAAAUUUAUUUACAAAUC